AUUUAAAAGAUAAGGAUAAUGUUGAAAUAGAUUACGGAUGAAGAGGCAUACCAAAUACCAAUGCAUGUCUACAUCCCUGCACAGGUGACCGGACUACCAUCGUGACGUUAACAUGGAUGACACCGGCACCAGAACACACUCCGCCGGAGUUCAAUCUCCGCUGCUCAACAACAUCGUCAACGGUACCGUUGACUACAAAGGUCGUCCAGUCCUCCGAUCCAAAUCCGGUUGCUGGCGAUCCGCAUAUUUCAUCAUCGGUGUGGAAGUGGCAGAGAGAUUUGCUUACUAUGGAGUGGAAUCAAACUUGAUCAUAUACUUGACCGGACCUUUGGGUCAGUCAACGGCUACGGCUGCCGAGAAUGUCAACACUUGGUCUGGAACGGCGUCGCUUCUUCCCCUUGUCGGUGCUUUCAUUGCCGAUGCUUUCCUCGGUCGAUACCUAACUAUUAUUAUUGCUUCUUUGCUCUAUGUUCUGGCACUUGCAUUGCUGGCUUUUUCAACACUGAUUCCAUCCGACUGUACAAACUCCAUUGAUGGCGGCUCAUCAUGUUCACCUCAGCUCCAAGUUAUCAUAUUUUUCAUUUCUUUAUAUCUUGUGGCAUUUGCCCAAGGCGGACACAAGCCCUGUGUGCAGGCUUUCGGGGCCGACCAGUUUGAUGCAGAUGAUCCAGAAGAACUCAAAUCCAAAAGCUCAUUCUUCAACUGGUGGUAUUUUGGAUUGUGUGCAGGUCCUACAGUUGGGAUCAUUUUUCUUAGUUACAUUCAAGAAAACCUCAGUUGGGGUCUUGGCUUUGGGAUUCCUUGUAUCAUCAUGGGUUUUGCGUUGAUCAUGUUCUUGUCUGGAACCAUGAGUUAUCGGUUUCGAGAGCAACCUCAGGAGAGAAGCGCUUUUAUCCGAAUCGGUAAUGUGUUUGUUAAAGCAGCGCAAAAUUGGCGAACUAGUUUUUCAAGUGUAUCUCUUCAAGAACAUCAACAUCCUCAUCAAUUUAGAUUUCUCAACAAAGCUUUGAUAUCCUGCAAUGAAUCGAACGAAGAUGAAUCCGUUUGCAGCAUCGAUGAGGUGGAAGAAGCGAAGGCAGUUCUUAGACUAGUUCCAAUAUGGUUCAGCUGUUUAACUUACGCAACCGUAUUAUCUCAAACAUCCACAUUAUUCACCAAACAAGGAGCCACCAUGGACCGGUCAAUCGGGUCAACCUUCGAACUUCCCGCUGCCUCACUACAAUCCUUCCUCAGUCUCUCAGUUGUCAUCCUCAUUCCGAUUUACGGCACCAUUUUAGUUCCUGUUACCCGAACUGUUACAAACAUACCUUCCGGCAUAACUAUGCUUCAAAGAAUUGGAACCGGGAUCUUCAUAUCGAUUGUUUCAAUGGUCGUUGCAGCGGUUGUUGAGUCAAAAAGACUCAAAACGGCUUGCGAGUAUGGGUUAGUGGACAAUCCGAAUGCAACGAUCCCAAUGAAGAUAUGGUGGUUAUUGCCUCAAUAUUUGUUGGCUGGUGAUUCUGAGGUGUUUACAAUGGUGGGUAUGCAAGAAUUCUUUUAUGAUCAAAUGCCAAGUGACCUCAAGAGUGUCGGUUUAGCGCUUUAUCUUAGUGUUAUGGGAAUCGGUAGCUUUCUGAGCAGUUUUCUUAUCGCGAUUGUUGAGAAAGCGACAGGCGGAGAUGGUGAUGAUGGGUGGAUAUCUGAUAACUUGAAUCGCGGUCGUGUUGAUUAUUUUUACUACCUUCUUACUGGGAUUAGUGCGGGGUCAUUUGUGAUCUAUAUAUAUGCGGCGAAAUCGUAUGUGUAUAAUCGAGCAAGAGCCUUGUGAUGCUGGUGAAUUGUGCAACAGGUGCAAGUGGAUCAUGAGAUUGUGAAGAUUUAUUGUGAGUUGAAGGUCAUAGAUGAUGCAAAUGCUAAUUUGUUGUUUUAUUUGAGGUGUUAUAAUAGUCUUAACGAGGUCGUAGAAUGUAGAUAAGAAAAUCAGGAAAGCACUAUAGAGGCUUUGGUGUUGUUUGUUUUUUCAGAUGUAAAAUGUCUGCAGUCUGCGGACCACAUUUGCAGACAUCUCUAGGUCUGCGCGUGGUCUGCGCGACGCAGACAUAAAAGGUCAGGAAGCUCUUCUUGGAAAAAAACAAACAGCCCCUUAUUAAAGCUCAGAAUAUUGGCAUGGUUCAUCUUUUCA